AUGACGCAGACUCCCGAACCUCGGAUAGUCACCCAUCGAGCCCUCUCACCCAACAAGAACCUCAAUGAACCCAUCGGAAACGAGAAAUUCCCUUCCUUCGACGAUUCAACCCGUAGUAGUUUCCAGCUUAAUGCGCCGGCAGUCACUAGCAGUCCCUCGGACAUCAGUCCGGGCGCCGGGCCAUUCGCCAAUCAAGAUUUCAAAUGGCCGGCGAGAAAGAUGAGCCAGAGACUACGUGAUGCGCGGCCUCCAGGAAUACAUGGACAUCGUUCAAGGAGAAGUGUUAGUGAAGCGAUAAACAAAUUCCGAACACGCCAGGGCAGUGUGAGUGAGAAUGCCCACGAACUCGCAGAAGCAUUAAAAGCGCCUAUUUCAUACAAACUCAUCGCCCUCUGUAUUGCAUGGUAUAUGACUUCAGCCCUGACCAACACAUCCUCGAAAUCGAUUCUGAAUGCAUAUCCCAAACCAGCUACUCUGACGAUUUUACAAUUUCUCUCGGUCUUCUCUUGGUGCUUUGUCCUAGCCGGCCUGGCAUCCGUCUUCCCAUCACUCAAGCGAAUGAUUCCGGCAUUAAAGAAUGGACUGAGACCACCAUCCUGGGAUGUGGUCUAUACAGCACUUCCAUUGUCGAUCUUCCAGUUGUUGGGACAUCUCCUAAGUUCAUAUGCCACGUCAAAAAUACCAGUGUCGUUGGUCCACACUAUCAAGGGCUUGUCGCCAUUAUUUACCGUCCUUGCAUACCGCUUAGUGUUUCGAAUUCGAUACAAGAGAGCCACAUAUUUGUCACUUGUACCACUCACGAUCGGGGUCAUGUUAGCUUGCUCAACCGACUUUUCCAGCAACUUUUGGGGAAUUACUGCAUCCUUUGUGGCAGCGCUUGUUUUUGUGACCCAGAACAUCUUCUCGAAGAAGCUCUUCAACGAGUCUUCAAGGGCAGAAGCAGAUGGGCAAACACAUCUCUCUCGAAAGCUGGACAAACUCAACCUGUUGUGUUAUUGUUCGGUCGGUGCUUUCAUGUUUUCAGCACCCGUUUGGAUAUACACCGAAGGGUGGGAAAUUGUGCAAGAUCUUUGGAAAGAUGGAUCAUUGUCACUUUCGAAGAAGGGGAAGUUGGACCACGGAGAGCUGAUGCUGGAAUAUGUCUUCAACGGUGUGUUCCACUUUUUCCAAAACAUCAUGGCCUUUGUGUUGCUCUCAAUGCUGUCGCCGGUUUCAUAUUCGGUGGCUUCAUUGAUCAAGCGAGUGUGGGUUAUUGUGGUCGCUGUGAUAUGGUUUCGCAGUUCCACGACUCCAAUACAAGGUGUUGGGAUUGCUCUUACAUGCUUCGGGCUGUAUUUGUACGAUCGAACAAGUAUGGAGGAUGCAGCAGAGAGGAGGACCAAAGCAGACCAUUUCCGACACAAAGCAGCACUACUACCGGUGACGGAAGUGCAAACGCCUGGUUUAGAGAUGUCCCAACCAUUUCUGGAUCAGAAGAGUGGUAUGCAGUGGAAAAGAGAUGAUGAAAAGGAGCGCAGCCAAUCGCCGAACUUCUCAUCUGGUUGGCUAGCACCGGGGACCAAGCAGGAGACGACCUGGGAUGUUGGUGGGCGAGGAGAGAAAUCAGAGAAAUGA